AUGACAGAAGCCGACACCACAUCUGCGCCUCCGCCCGUCAGCUCCGACAUCGAAAUAACACUCACCCACCACGGCAAAGCAAUCACACUAUCCUUCGCCCAAGAUGCCACAAUCUCCGACCUCUCCGAACGCGUCGCAAACGACCUGUCAAUACCGCCGUCGAACCAAAAGUUCCUCAUAGGCGGGAAGAUUGGGCUCCAAAAACCACCCUUUAAGAACGCCUCGUUACAACUCACCGAGCUCGUCGGCAAGAAAAUUACUCUCAUGGGCAGCACAACCGAAGCCGUCUCCUCCCUCAACAACACCAUAUCCGCCGCCUCAGCGCCCCGGCGCCCCGGUCCCAUCAAAGCCGCCCUGCCAGCGCGCAACCGCGAUUACAAGAAGAUACAAGAGGAGGCGCAAUACACGUUCCAUACGCUACGACCGCUGCCGUACCUACCGAAUCCAGAUCGUUCGUUGCGAUUCCUCCAACGGCUUCGAGACGACGCGGGGAUCAAAGCAGCAAUGCGCACGCACAAGUUUAGUGUGCCGCUGCUCACGGAGAUGGAUCCAGCCAUGCAUACUACAAUGGAGAGUCGGACACUGGGGCUGAAUCGGAACCAGGGUGAAGUUAUCGAGUUACGACUCCGCACAGAUGCCUACGACGGGUAUCGCGACUACAAGACGAUAAGGAACACGCUGUGCCAUGAGCUGGCGCAUAAUGUCUGGGGCCCUCACGACCGCAACUUCUGGAACUUGUGCAAGCAGAUUGAACGGGAGGUUGCGAGGGAUGAUUGGAAGAGUGGAGGGAGGAGUGUGGGGAACGACGAGUUUUAUAAUCCAGGGGAUGAGGGGGCCGAGGAGGUGCAUGAUCAUGGGGGGUGGACUGGGGGUGAGUUUACGCUGGGGGGUGCUGGUGGGGAGGGCAAGAUGGGUGGGAGUAGUGAUAGCAGUAGUGGUGCGAUGGGUGGGUUGAGUAGGAGGGAGGUGCUUGCGAAGGCUGCGGAGGAGAGGUUUGAGAGGACGAAGGAGGUAGAGAAGGAGGAGCGUGCUGAGGGAAGUGGAAGUAGUGGAGCUUGA